UCUAUAUCUGGGGGACUGAUACUCUCUGGACUAGUCUACUACCUAUUUAUGACGGAAUCAUGAAUAAGAUGGUCACGGAAAGCCCCGUUGCAGCAGUCACGGGAGUCAUGGUGCAGAGUUCCCGGCAUGCUGUCCGAGAUCUACCUCCUCAGCAUUCUCUGUUCUAUCUCAUCGGACAUUCAAGGAGAGUUCGAGGGCUACCCUCCGCCCAGCAACACAGGGAUUCCUUUACCUUCGGACACCGAGACUCAAUCGGAAUACGCCACAAAAGCGGGCGUCACGAUACCCGCGUUUGGCUGUGAGACCGGCACACCAGACCCGUAGCCGGGUUCGGAGAUGACCGCCUACGACCUGAUUGCUGAGGCGGAUGCCGACGAUGAAUGCAGGCUCUGGGUGCGAAAGCUCAUCAAUGCCAGAGACGAAGUUGUAGCCUUUGUCGAUUCCCGGCUUGACGGUCGAGGGACCGGAGUGUAUCUUGGCUUCUUCAAAGGUUCCUUCAAUCUCAGCUUUCACAUUGGCUUUGGAGAAGGGAGGCCGGGUGUCCUCAUGCGCUUCGCAAAGCCCGGCCACACCUUCUCAGCCUGGCGGGACGAAAAGGUCACGAAUGAGGUACGGGUGAUCGAGUACCUCCGGGAACAUACCACCAUUCCCUUACCUCACGUGCGAUGUUGGGGUCUAGCUGAUGAGAGCCCGGCUCAACUGGGCCCCUUCAUCAUCAUGGAUUUCGUCGAAGGCGUUCGGUUAUCUACCUUUCUCAAAGAACCCAACGAGGACGACGAGGCAGAUCUCAUCCUAAACCCAACCAUCGAAGAGGCAACACUUGACACCAUCUACGACCAACUGGCCGAUUAUAUCCUCCAACUCUCUCGGCUCAAGUUCUCAUCAAUAGGUGCCAUCUCCAAGGAUGCCGACUCCAACACUUGGUCCGUCACCGGAAGGCCACUCACCUUCAACAUGAACGAGCUAGCCACCAACACGGGUUACCCAGCCGAUCAGUUCCCCGACGGCCCCUUCACCCGCGCAAGCGACUAUUUCCACGCCAUCGCCGACCAACACACGCUCCACCUCCGAACACAGAGGAACCUCUCCAAAUCGGACGGUGAGGCUGACGCCCGGCGACGAUUCAUCGCACGCCACCAGUUCCGCCAGCUCAUCCCAAAGUACUGCGUCGAUGAUGGUGACACCACCAACGAUAGCUUUGGGCUCUUCUGCGACGACAUGCAACCCGCCAACAUGCUCAUCGAGCCACACACCCUCCGCAUCACGGCGCUCCUCGACUUCGAGUUCACCAACAGCGCGCCGGCGCAGUUCGCGCACGACCCGCCCUGGUGGCUACUCCUACGCGGGCCCGACAUGUGGCUGGACAACCACGGCGGCCGGCUGGACGAGUUCCUGGCGCGGUACGUGCCCCGCAUGGAACAGUUCCUGCGGGCGCUGGAGCGGGCUGAGGAUAAGGCCGGGGUCAAGGCGGACGGCGAUGUUACUUCUACUGCUACUGCUACUGCUACUGCUACUGGGGAUGGGGAUGGGGUUGUGGACUCCCACCACCACCAUCACAGGCUGAGGCUGUCCGCCCGUAUGCGCGAGUCUUGGGAGACGGGGCGGUUCUGGUUCAACUACGCGGCGAGGACGAGCCUGGACAUGGACGACAUCUACUGGGUGGCUCUGCACCAUCACGAGGCGGACGGGGAUGAUGGCAUUGCCUCGCUGGAUGCGGGCACGCGGGCGGAGAUGGAGGAGCUGGUGAGCUUGAAGAUGGAGCAGCGACGCGCGUAUAACGAGGCUUAUGACAUUCGGUUUCCGGAAGAGGGGUCCGAGUGAAUCAGAGAGGGCUUCUUCUUGGUGCCGCUAGUAGGUAGUUUGGAUAAACGCGGGCUGA